UUAGAACUGUUAAGACGUAUGUCUAUGCGUAAAAAUUGUAUGAUUUACAUGUGAAGUUUUUCAAUGAAUGACAAAUUAGUGUGUGUGUGUGUGUGAUUUUGUAAUUUUUUGUGUGUUAAUUUGUGACUGUUUUAUUUUUUUGAUUCCGACAUGGAGAUUUUAUAUUUACACUAAUAAGGUCACGGAGGUAAAAUGACUGAACACGCGAGGCAGAGAAUUCCUCCAUUUAUGAGACAGCUUCUAGCUGUAAGUGGAGUGGUGCUGUACAUGAUAGGCACAGGUGCCAACAUCGCGUACCCAGGGGUCCUGCUGGAACAGCUGAGGGACCCUCAGUCCACCCUCAAACUGACUGAAGACCACGAAUCAUGGAUUGCUUCGAUUCUCGGCCUGGCCCUGAUCUCCGGCAUCCUGGCGGCUCCGUUCAGCCUCCAGCGGCUUGGCAGACGGCUCACCAACCAGCUCAGCACGCUGCCAGCAAUGGGGGGCUGGGCACUCAUGGUGGCUGCAGGGGGGCCGGCCGCUUUGCUCAUCAGCAGAACUCUCCAGGGCUUCGCGAUGGGGCUCCAAGCUGCGGCCGCACCUGUCUCCAUAGCGGAAUACUCAGCUCCGAAACACCGAGGUGCCUUCCUCGCCACCAUAGCCUUCUCCUUCGCCGCCGGCAUGCUGGUCGCCCACAUCCUGGGCACCCUCAUGUUCUGGAGAUCAGCGGCCAUCGCCUGCGGCAGCUUCUACCUCGUCUCCUUAAUCCUCAUCACUUUGAGCCCAGAAACACCCCCCUACUUAGCCUCCAUCGGCAAAUUCAACGAAUGCCGCAAAGCCUUCCGCUGGUUCCGAGGUCAUGACCACGCUUCAGAGAAAGAACUAGAAAUUUUACUGAACAGCCAGAAGAAAGAGGUGAAUGAGGUCAAAGUGAACAGAUACAGACAUUAUAGAAGCGUGAUAAUGAAGCCAGAGUUUUAUAAGCCGACAGUGAUCAUGAUGUUCAUGUUUAUACUGUUCCAAAUCUCUGGAAUGACUGUCGUACCUUCCUACACUGUGCCCAUGAUGAAGGAGGUCACAGAUGGAUCUAUAGAAGACUAUACUAGCAUGCUAAUGGUCGAUAUACUAAGAUUUACAACAGCAGUGGUGUCCUGCUUUGUAGUAAACAAAUUGAACCGACGGACAGUGCUAUUUUUAGGUGUAAUAAUAAGUGUAGUAUCAUUACUCUCAGCGGCAUUACUUUUGUACUUACGCGAUUUAGAAUAUAUACCAGAACAGUACAAAUGGGUACCUGUGAUACCCACUUUAGGUUAUAUCUUUGGGAAAACAUUAGGGAUUUUGCCAAUACCUUGGACUAUUGCAGGGGAAGUGUUCCCUUUAGCAUAUAGAAGCUUAGGAAGUGGGGUUUCGGGAAUGUUCCUGUCUUUAAUGUUCUUCGUUGUUGUCAAAACUGCACCUACAUCCUUUAGAGAGAUAGGUGUCAAUGGCACAUUUUGUGUUUACGCCAUUUGCAUCAGUAUUUGUGGUAUAUUUUUAUAUUUCCUCCUACCCGAGACAAAGGGUAAAACUUUGUACGAAAUCGAAUGUCAUUUCAAAGGAAUCGAUUGUGAAAUGAUCAAAACUGAUGGAACUGAACAUGAUAACAUGUUGGAACUUGUCAAAGUAGAAGUUGGCAGGGACGACGGGGAAUGAGAGGAGCCCCAAUGAAUACUUGGUACGUACUGCGGGUCCUCCUACUAGCAAGCCGGAGACCCUGAGUUGAGUAGAGCAAAUGUGUCUAUCAGAAUAAAAUGACAAUUUCAAGA